CUGUAACCUGCCCCAUUCAGUGCGUAGACAUGACAAUUAACUGCUAGUCGGGAUAUUACUUACACGAGGCAGGGAGUGCAAAACGUUUUGUGUUUAAACCAUCAAGGGGUUCUCCUUGAUUUUGAAGCAGAGUGAAAUCAGUUAUAAAAUCUCCCCGAUAUUUUCGGGUGAAAUAUCCGCUGAAACUACAAGAGCGGAAUACAUACUUAAUCCACGUGUUUAUCUAGAAGUUGCUUGCAGCUUCUAGAACGUUCGGAUCCGUUCCGAACUCGUGGAACAGCGUCUCCCUGGAGCUAGGGAACAGGAAGGCUUUAGAUCUGCUGGCUGCAGGAACCAGCAAGGAACAAGCAGGAGAGAUAAUCUUGCAACAACAGCUUUACCCAAUUAGUAUUAAAACAGGAAGGAUUCAUCCAGACAGACUUGCAGUUGUCAACAUUCCUAGAACCAAGGACACUCUACUCAGCUAUAUCUCAGUAUGUCCUCUCACACAAACUAUCGACACGAAAAUGUUGCAACAACUGCUGCCAGCCUCCCUCGGAAGGGGCGGGGGGAGCGACCCUUUGGGGCACCUCCUUCCAAGCACAGACUGCGACUGGGAGCAAGAACUGCUCUCCGUCGCAAAUUGUCCGACGAAACUCGGCACGAUAUCGACCGCCCUUGAUCAUGGACCAUCGACUCUGAACACCCCAAUUAUUGAGAUUAAUCAAGAUAUCAUGUUCUCAAAUGCGCCCAAAAAAGAAACUAUUAUGGCCGAACUUAGCGUCGACUUGGCUCCGCCAUCAUCCGGCAUUUUCGACGAUCUCUGGACUAUCCCGGGAACACCUGAAGCACAAGAACUUCUCCAUGCUCCUCUUACUCAUGUGGAAGGAAAGUCUGAACCAAAUACAGAAUUCACCGAACAUUCUACUAUUUCCAACAGCUACGAUUAUGUUAUCGAGAGUGACGAUGAUAAUAGCAUGAUUGUCGAGGCUAAAGAGGAAGUCCCAGACGUCUUGCAGUGGAUCGUCGACGAUACAAUAAAUCAGAAUUCAGAAAUCCCAGGAGAGGAAUUUCACACUCCGGCCACCGUCGUUCUGGAGCCGCCGUAUUCUGAGUACUUGCCGUCCACUUCUGUUGGAACAGAUCCUGUUAGUCCAGUCUUGAAGCCUACUCCUUUUAGCAGACUUGAAACUGUUAGAGCCCCUGGUGCCAGCAUGAGCACAAGAGGAGGAGAAGGAGGCGGACCUGUUCGUCAGAAAAGAGGGCGUGGCCGUCCUCCAGUUCCCAUGGGACGACAGAUCACUCCGAAAGUCGCGAAACCUCGUAUAACAAGCGGUGAUGAAAGUGAUCAUGUGUAUUCCGCCACCGAGGGUAAUCUGACCGACGCGGAAGUGUCCGACAUGAGGUAUCGCCGAAUGCGCGAUUUAAACAACGAAGCCUCGAAACGUUGCCGUGAAAAUCGAAAACUCAAGAACGAACUUCUAGAGGCUGAAUUCGAGAUCCAGCGUGAUCGCAAUGUUGAGCUUCGCGCGCGUCUCACGCGAUUGGAGAAUCGAGUGCGACAGAUUAAGACCCUGUACCUUCAGCACAUUGCUUCCGGCCAGAACGCAGAUUUGCCGGAUAUAACCCAGCCAUGGACGCCGAAGGAUUUUUAGCAUAAACGUCGGGACGAUUUGAUAGAAGAUUAUCUAUUUGAGCAUCGGUCAAAUACUAGUGCAAGGAAAAUAGAAGAGUACCCUGGAGAAGAACAAAAACUGGUUUUCUACCCUACUCAGCCUGGAAAAGUGAUCAGAACAAAUAUGCCUUGUGAGAAGGAGAACUUAUUUGUGAAAACACUGAAGAAGGGUGAUGUGAACUAUUUUUGUCCAUUCUUAAAACUUUUUUCGUGCAUGAUUUGUACCAUAUAUAUUCUUACUAUUUAGCAUAAGAUUUUGAAGAAUUCCGCUUAAGGAAUUUUUUCUCCUGCACUUCUUGCAGUGAAUUCUCCAUCAUGUAAUCUUAAGAUAAAAGAGUGUAAAACCAACUAAAAAAUACAAAACUUAAAAUAACCUAAAAAGUUAUACUGUUACUAUUCUAUACUUUCCCAAAUUUGCCAUUUUAUGCACUCAGUUCGGAUCCGAUUAAAAAGAAUGUUACAAUUUUGAUGUGAUGAAAAUUUAUAAUAGAAAAAUAAAUAAAUUGGCAUUA